AUUUCAUUGACGCAGGCGAAAGUCGAGGCAAAUGGAACCCGAUAAGGAUUGCUUCUAUCGCGCGAGAGAAAGAGAAAAAAAAAGUUGUUUUCUCCCAUUCUCGUCUUGUUCCACAUCCUGUAAAACAGGAAGAGACUACUUCCAACGAUCGCCCUCAGUCCAUUCAUUUACUGUAUUUACGAGGUCUACUGGUCUUCUCUUCGCUUUAUUUAAUAUCUAUUUGCCAUGUUCAAGGCAUCUUUUCCGCGACACGCCCGUCUGGGCAAUGUCGCCCGUCGCCAGCUCUCGACCAUCUCAUCUUUGCGGCCUGCCCUGCGCAUUCAGUCGCUUGAGCAGCAACAACCCAGCACAGCCCGCCUAUCUCUGCGACCCAGCCUACUAAAAAACCUAGCCCCCAGGUUCUAUUCUGCUGAGGCUGUUGCUGAACAGGAGAGCAGCCAUGUCUCCGAGCCCAGCGUUAGUUCUGAACUCAUCACAAAAUUCGCCGAUCUCAGUCGACUAGGUGUCCACGAGAAGCUCAUCUCCUCCAUCACCGAGGGCAUGGGAUACAAAGAAAUGACGGAUGUGCAGUCUUUGACAAUUAACCCAGCCCUGCGCGGCACAGAUUUGGUCGCACAAGCCAAAACCGGCACUGGAAAGACUCUCGCUUUCUUGGUCCCCGUUCUGCAACGCUUAUUACAGGAACACCCCGAGCUCGCAAACCGAAAUGCUUCCCGCCAAGCCUCGGUCGGUGAUGUCAAAGCCAUUAUUAUGUCGCCCACCCGUGAGUUGGCCGAACAGAUUGGAGUCGAGGCCAGGAAACUAGUCAGGAAUACCGGUAUCGUUGUCCAAACUGCCGUCGGUGGAACAAGAAAGCGGGAGUCUUUAUACAAGAUGCAGCGCGAGGGUUGCCACAUUCUGGUCGCCACACCCGGUCGUUUGGAGGACAUUCUUUCCGAUCGCGAGACUGGAGUGGCCGCCCCCAACCUGAAGGCUUUCGUUCUCGAUGAAGCUGACCGUAUGCUCGAUGUCGGAUUCUCCGAUGCGAUCCGUAAUAUUCUUCAACUCGUGCCACCCAUCAAGGAAGUCGACCGCCAAACCCUAUUGUACUCGGCAACAAUUCCCCGCGAUGUCGUGCAUUUGGCCAAGACCUUGGUCAAGACAGAUAAUUUCGAGUUUGUUCAGACGAUUAACCAAGACGAGGCUCCUACUCACGAGCGGGUUCCUCAGUACAUUGUGCCAUGCGCUGGUUACGAGAACUGGUUCCCUUCCAUCCUCGAGAUUGCAAACAAGGCUACCGAGUUGGCCAAGACCAACCCAGAGGCUCCUCCUUUCAAGGCCAUAGUUUUCUUCUCCAACACUGCUACCGUCGAAUUCGCCUUCAGCGUCUUCUCCAACACGUCACUUGGCCGUACAAACGGUUUCCCCAUCUUCGACAUUCACUCCAAACUUUCGCAGAGCCAGCGUACCAGAAACGCAGAUGCAUUCCGUCGCACUAAGAGUGGUAUCCUGUUCUCAUCUGACGUUACCGCCAGAGGUAUGGAUUUCCCCGGUGUGAGUCACGUCAUCCAAGUGGGCUUGCCUCCGGACAGAGACCAGUAUAUCCACCGUGUUGGACGUACUGGCCGUGCCGGUGCCGGUGGAGAGGGCUACCUUCUUUUGGCCAAGCCGGAGAUUGACGAAGCCCGAGCACGUUUGCCAGGUCUGCCCAUCAAGCCCAACCACGAUAUCGAGGCCGCGAAGCUUGACCUGGCCAGUGAUGAGCCAUCUGAGGAAGUAGCCAAGUAUUUCCAGGACGUCGAACGGGGUUAUGGAAGAACCCGCCCCUACGAGUUCAAUGGUGUCUACCACGCUCUACUUGGCCAGAAGUUUGGCCGAAGACUCGAUGCAGGAGAUGUUGUUCAACUGCUGAACAACUGGUCUCAGCUGGGUCUGAAGAGGGAGCAAGUUCCUGCCAUCAGCCCCAAGAGCGCCAACAACCGUGGUCUUACAAGAGUUCCCGGUAUCAGGAUUGGCCACGAUGAUGAAGCACCCCCGCCUUCCGAUCGCGGCCGAUCCGGUGGCAGAGGAGGCUUCGGUGACCGAGGUGGUCGCGGCGGUUUUGGCGACCGAGGCGGCUUUGGUGACCGAGGUGGCUUUGGCGACCGAGGCGACCGCGGCGGCUUCGGCUCCCGAGGAGGAAGCAGAGGCAACUCCUUUGAGGAUAGCUUCUCUUCCGCAAGGAGCGAUCGUGGUGGCAGCCGUGGUGGCAACCGUGGUGGAAACCGUGGCCCCCGACCCUCGUUCUGAGGGAGAAAGAAUUACUAGUUCAUGAGGCGUUCUGGAGAUCCUCAUGUGUCACACCUAUUCGAUUUGGGCCUUUUCCGGUGUUUUAGUAAUUGAGAGCGAGUACUUGUAAAUUAUUGGCAGCGUGGGGAGGGGCUGCCACAGGUCAUUGUAUUACAAUAGGGGAUCAAUCUCCGGAAUCUCUGGCGAGAGCUGUAUCUUUAUUGUCAUGUCGUUUGGCGUCAAGGGACUGUAUAAAACGGAUUGGGUCAAACAAUGGCAUCUCAACGAUUCCAGACUGGGAAAUCUCUACUUUACACAUGUACGAUGGAGAACGAGGACUGCUGUUGCAGUCACGCCUAGUAUAUGUACUUCACGUACUCGAUUAAUUCAAAAGAAAGUAAAAACGCG